GCAGCUGCUGUGCCGUAAACUUUAUCUGUAAGAGCCUUGUGCUAAUUACACUACUGCUUCUACCUUACGUCUUUCUAGCGCCCCGGCCUCAAAGGAUGGCCACUUUACGAGCCGAAUUCUUAACACCGCUACAGCUCCACCGGGGUCUCGAAGGAUGGGCUCUGGUAUCCCUUGAAUUGGGUGUCAUCUUGUCGGCAUCCUGCAUCAUUUAUAAUGUCUUCUUUCACCCGCUACGGCCUGUACCCGGUCCCAAAUCAUGGGCAGCUACGCCGUUCCCUUAUAUCCUUGCCUGGCUGACCGGCCGUCUCCCCAUUGUCAUCCACGAGCUACACGAAAAGUAUGGCGAUGUCGUCCGUGUGGCGCCUAACCGUCUCUCCUUCACCCACCCCGAUGCCUGGAACGCCAUUCGCGGCCAUCGCAAGAACGGACAGGGAGAGCAUGGCAAGGAUCCGACUUUUUACGCCAUGGCUGUUCGCAACAUUCUCGGAGCACCCCGGGCGGACCAUUCCCGCUUUCGGAGGAUCUUGUCCCAUGGCUUCUCGGCCAAGAGCAUGCAAGACCAGCAGCCCCUGAUCACGCGCUACGUUGAUCUGCUGAUGCAACGGCUCAAGGAGAAGACGCACGGCGGAGACGGAGAGCCUCAGCCUGCCGUAGCAGACCUCGCCGCCUGGUUCAACUUCACCACGUUCGACGUGAUCGGCGACCUGGCGUUUGGAGAACCUUUCGGCUGCCUGGAGCAAUCGAGGUACCACGUAUGGGUCAGGACCAUCUUUGAGUCGAUCGGACAAGUUGGGGCCAUGUUAGCGCUUCAGUGGGCAAUCCCUCCUCUGUUCACGAUGUUAAGGCACAUUAACCCCCAUGGACACCACGUUGGCGCUGCCUUUGAAACGCAGACUCAGUACGCCCGUGAUAAGAUCACCAAGCGACUGGCCCUCGAGACGUCACGGCCAGACUUUGUUGAGGCAAUGGCAACAGCAAAGUCUGACGACGGCAGUCUGCUGGCCAUGGAUGAAAUAGUAGCCAACGCGAGGCUCUUGGUUACCGCGGGAAGCGAAACCACCGCCACGGCACUUUCCGGCGCGGCAUAUUUCCUGGCACGGCACCCUGAAGUUCAGGCACGGUUGGCCGAGGAGGUCCGGAAUAGCUUUACUUCCGAAGGCGAAAUCGACCUCUUCUCGGUCAACAAGCUAAAGUACAUGCUCGCGGUCCUGGAUGAGGCCAUGAGAAUGUUUCCUCCUGUUCCUAGCGGGCUUCCAAGAAAAUGUCAUCCAGGUGGGGAUGUCAUUUGCGGAUAUCGAGUCCCCGGGGGUACCUCACUUGAUAUAUGGCCGUCGGCUAUGAAUUACAGCUCCAGGAACUUCACUGCACCCGACAAGUUUAUCCCUGAGCGGUGGUUGGACGAGGCCGAUCCUACGGGGCUGCAGUUGGACAAACGCAGGCAAGCAGCACUGCAGCCAUUUUCAGUCGGGCCGCGCAAUUGCAUUGGAAAGAACCUGGCCUAUGUCGAGAUGAGAUUGAUUCUUGCGAGAUUGACCUGGAACUAUGAUCUCGCUUUCGCGGACCAAGAAACCUCGGACAACUUCCUGCGCUGCAAAGCCUACAUCCUGUGGAUGAAGGGACCACUUAACAUUCGACUGAUUCCAGUCAGGAAAUGAAUCCAGAUGAACCGAGUUGGCGCGAGGCUCACGCGAGGUACAUAUUUCUUCUAAUCAUGUUAAUAAGGUUCAUCUGCACACUUGAUGGUAUCAUAGGCAGAUUGACUUCUCAUUUUCUUACCCGAGCAUAGAUACACCCUAUGGACCCUCGUUAUUAGCU